AUGAAAAAAUUAAUUAAUCGUUCAGCUGUAACACCCCUUCGGUGCCUAGCUGCCAUGCCACCCGAAGGUUGCAUGAGGGCUGGGAUACUGCCAGGUUGUCCAAACCUAGACAGGGGAAGUCGAGAGGCAGAGGUCGGGUUCGAACCACGGACUUUUCGGUCAGUAAAUUCGCGCUCUAACCACUUGGACUAUCUCGCCCUUCGGGAUGAAAAUGCCAAUUUAUUCAUAGUCACACCAAUCUCGUUUGAACGGUCAUCCUCCUGUUCUGGCGUAAUCAUUCCGGUGGGUCCACACCAAAGGAAAGCACUGGACUCGAGUUUCGCCCUCACUAGAGCUCAUCAGCAGUGCAUAUCCAAUGGCCGUGCCGGGAUUUAA